AUGGAGAGCAAGAUGGAUGCAGUUCAGCCUCAUUCUUCGGGGUCCAAGCCCCCUUUUGAGAGCGAGCGCUUCAAAUUUGACGAUCGCAUUAGUGAUUCAGAUCCAUCUGCGGCAAAUGGUCUCCUCGAGUCGCUCGGUUAUGAGCCUGAGCUUACAAGAAACCGCUCAACCCUCCAGGUUGCGUUUAUGUCGUUUGUUCUAGCAUCGAUUCCAUACGGUCUUGCGACUACAUUCUUCUAUCCUCUGGUUGGCGGUGGGCCAGUGAAUAUCAUCUGGGGAUGGUUGAUCGUGUCUCUCAUCAUUCUUUGCGUCGCCGCAUCUCUAGGUGAAAUCACAUCGGUGUAUCCGACCGCCGGCGGUGUCUAUUACCAAUCAUUUAUGCUGUCGCCCCCAAAGUACCAGAGAAUUAUCGCCUGGAUUUGCGGGUGGUCUUAUGUGGUCGGUAAUGUUAUGAUCACCCUUGCAGUAAACUUCGGAUCCGCGCAAUUUAUCAUCGCCUGCGUUAAUGUUUUCGAAGUUUCCCCGGGGGUGGGCAUCUUCGAAGCGACAACCUAUCAGACCUUUCUCAUUUUCCUAGGGAUCACCCUUCUGUGUAACGCAGUAUCGUCUCUAGGGAAUAAAUGGUUGCCCCUUCUGGAUACCUUCGCGAUCUUCUGGACACUUGUGGGUCUUUUAGCUAUUGUUAUCUGUAUUUUGGUCAUUGCAAAGGAUGGCAGGAACAGCGGCGCAUAUGUCUUCGGACACUUCGAGCCACAAUCAGGCUGGCCUGAUGGCUGGGCUUUCUGUGUUGGCUUGCUCCAAGCCGCAUAUGCCACCUCUUCAACUGGAAUGGUGAUUUCGUGGGUCUCCCUUUUCAAAAUCAUUCCCAUGCAAACACCAAGCUUACUAGAAUCCAGUAUGUGUGAAGAGGUCCAGGAUCCAUCUCGGCAGGUACCCAGGGCAAUUGUCGGCACCAUCAUCUUGAACACAAUAGCUGGGCUCCUUUUCCUCAUCCCUCUCGUCUUUGUGCUUCACGACUCGGCAGCUCUCAUCGCUUUGGUGUCUGGUCAACCAGUUCCGACCAUCAUCAAAUCGGCAAUUGGCAACUCGACUGGGGCAUUCCUCCUGUUACUUCCGUUGGCUGUGCUUGCUCUUUUAUGUGGUAUAGGAUGUACAACCGCUGUAUCGCGCUCAGUUUGGGCUUUCGCGCGAGAUGGAGGUAUUCCAUUCUCCAAACACUGGAAAGUGGUCAAUCAGUCGUUGGGUCUGCCUUUCAAUGCGAUGAUGCUUGGAAUGGUCAUUGAGAUUGCCCUUGGCCUCAUCUACUUCGGCUCCACUGCUGCUUUCAACGCUUUCUCCGGCGUUGGCGUCAUUACCCUAACAGUGAGCUACGCAUGCCCGAUUGCUGUCUCAUUCAUGGGUGGUCGUAGUCACAUCAAAAAUGGAAAGUUUGAUCUCGGUAAACUUGGAGUAUUCUGCAAUAUCAUUGCAUUGGCGUGGAGUCUACUUGCCGUUCCUCUAUUUUGCAUGCCGUCCUAUCUUCCUGUCACGGCGGAGUCCGUCAAUUAUGCGCCAGUUGUAUUCGUCGCAUUCAUCAUCAUUGCUACAUUCUGGUACUGGGUCUGGGGCAGAGAGAAAUACGUUGGCCCUCCUACCGCCGAUGAGGCUGUCAUUGACCUUCGCCUAUCCGGCGCAUAG